UAAAACCAGAUAGGAGAGAGCUCGAAGAUUUUUUCCAUUUUUUUCUUUUUCAAAAUGCAAUAUUUAUCUCCACAAUCGCUUCAAUGGAAAUCAAAUCCAGUAGUGAUUGUAUCGGAGAAGGGUUACGUUUUGAACCCCAAACUACUGAACUUUCAAUUGUCCUCCCUGAGCUCUCCGUAUCGCAGAACUCGAAAUUGGAAGAUUAGAAGUUCACCGGAAGAGAAUGCAGCGAAUUCGAGCGACGGCGGAGAUUUGAAAAAGUCUUUGUCCGGUAUUGUCGGAAAUCAAGUGGAGGAGCUAUUGAGCAGAGAAGAGAACAGAAGUUUGCUUGAUGGUCUGGAAAAAGCUUCGAUGAGAGUGGAUAUAGCGAAGAGAGAGCUCGCAGAGAUAGAGAGACAAGAAAUCGAGGCGAAAUUGCUUCAGGAUUAUGUUAAUAAGCUCGAAUCAAGAGCCUCAGAGAUCGCAGAAUGCCAGCAAGAGAUUGUCGCAGCAAGAUCAAUGGUCGAGGAAGCAGAACGCUCCUUGUCCUUAGCAGAGAACGAGGCAAUCGGAACUUCAGAAAACGGCUAUACGAUUGAUAAAGACAAGGAGAGAGUAGAAUCAGCGAAAGCGGCUGUGGUUGCAGCCGCGGUUGGCACCGUCGCAGAACUCCCUUUUGCUCUUUCUCAGGUCUCGAGCAUCGAGCAGCUUGUUCUUCCCCUUGGAGUAGCGUUUGCAAGCUGUGCAUUGUUUGGAGUCACAUUCAGGUAUGCAGUGAGAAGAGACUUGGAUGAUAGUCAUCUCAAAUCCGGAGCCGUUGCAGCCUUUGGUUUUGUCAAAGGACUUGGUAUGUUGAGCAGAGGACCGCCAUUGGAGCUGAGCUGGGAAAGCUUGGCCUCUCAUGGUAUAGAUGGCGCCGUUUUGGUGUCUCAGAGCGUCUUGAUAUUUGCGUUUGCGUCUAUAGGUUUGGACUUUUGCUUCAAAAUGAAGCUCUUGAGACCAUUUCCUAGCUCUGAUAAGAUAUAGAAGAAGCAAUUAAAAAACAUAUAGAAAAAGAACAAAUUAUUUUAUGUUUUCUAUGGAGACUUUUAUGUAUUUGUUGAAUAUUAAUUAAUUCAAAUGUAAAUCUUUCUUUUU